ACAGUUUAGCUGGUCGGACCGAACCAGGAAACUUGUCCCGGCUGUGACCUGCUCGACGUUAGCUUUUUAUAAAAUGGACCUGUAGCUGAAGAAUAAAGUCAUGUUUAACUUAAGGACCCUGCAGAGGAACAAAACGGUGAAAUAUGGAGUUCCUAUGCUGUUGCUGGUAGUUGGUGGUUCCUUCGGCCUGCGAGAGUUUACACAAAUCCGAUAUGAUGCCCAAAAGCUCAAAAGAAAGAUGGAUCCCGCACUGGAGGCUAAAGUGAACAUGCAGAGGCAGUCGGUCAUCCUGGAGGAGGAGUACGAGAAGUUAAAGGAGUUGAAAUUGGACGAGUGGAAGAACAUCCGUGGUCCUCGUCCCUGGGAGGACUCCAAGGAGUACCAGGAGCAGCAGCGCAGCAAUCUGAGCAAAAACAACUGAGACUCAAGGACACCAGACUGAGCAGCAACACAACAACAACACAAUAAUGGAGGACGGAGAGGUCUGCAGUGCAGAGGCCACUGAGGUUCAAUUAUCGCUGCAGCUCCAGGGCCUCGACUCCUCAGUCUGGGCUUGUGUUGGACUAAAAACUAGCUGUGACACAUUCAGGACUGCGACUGGUUAAUGUAAAGUUAAGAUGGUUCUUCUAGUUGUAUCCACUAAUGUAUGAAUCAGUCACCUGUUUGGAGGUUUUUCUGCAGCCUGAUUAGGAGUUUGUUCUGAAAACCAGCCAGUAGGUGGCACAUCUGUGUCCUGCUGCACCUUCCACACACAGACCAAGGUGUGAUUUCCAUGUCUCAAUAAAUUAUUACCGUUGAUCCAAA